AUGUUCAAUGUUUUACUCGACUUACCUAAAACUUUCUCCGUAGGUAUCGAUGGGAAUUUCUUGUCUAGUGAAAACUCACCCUUCCAAUUGAAAGGAAUCAAACUUGUCGAACCAGGAGUCCACUUUAUCCACCUGGAAGACCUCAACCUCAAUCUUAGAAGUGGCAUUUGGAUCAACGGGAAAGACGACCACACAUUAGUGAUUGAUAUAAAAGAUGGAAUCAGUGAUCUCUCAGUAUUUAUUGUGAACCAUAUGACUAGAGAAAUGAUCGUGAAACCGUCUACGGACCCUGUAGAUGUUGAUUACUCAAUCGAAGUUGGAAAGAUUUUAGACACUAUGAGUGAAAAUUUCCCGUUAAUGGUCAACUAUUCAUCCUUGAAUACCAAACAUCCACACUGGGAGUCACUUACCAAGUAUAUUUCAUUUCCUAGGAUUUUGGACGUAUUGCAAGGUAAUCAUUGGUUUACUCUUCCCAUCUCCACUCUAGAUGCGUCAAAGCAAGAGAAUGAGUAUCUUAUAGACAAACUGAGCAAAACUUCUAUGGAAAAGAACCCCGAUAGGAUUAUACAAUCUCUGAGGAAAGACGACUAUCAAAUGAUAUUUUCAACCAUUGAGUUCAACAAAACUGCUAGACCGAAUGCUACACCCUCUCAGUUGACUCAAGAUUCAGUGGAUAAAUCUUGGUUUGUUGAGACUAAACUGCUUCCCGGCUUACUACUUGAGUUUCAGCUAAGCUUUUUACUGUUCAUGAUACUCAAUAAUGCUAGCGCUGCUUCUCAUUGGGUUAAUAUUAUCAAAAUUAUGCUAAAUUGUGAUUCUUUGGUUGAGAUCAAUGAAAAUCUAUUUAUUGAAUUUUUUGAUUGUUUGAGUAUUCAACUAAAGAUAAUCCCAGAGGAACUGGUAGCUUCUUCGGAUUCAAUGGUGAAUUUACAGGCUUUGAAAGAAAGCCUAACCACGUUUAAUGAAACGAUAGAGAACCCAAAAGUAAGACGAUCUUUCAACAGGGUCAAAGAUACGCUCAAGCUCCAAUUUCAGUUUGAAGAUAUAGAUUUUCUGGAUGAUAUUUGA